GAUUCCUCAGUCAUUUUCCCCAAUGAAACGUAAAAAGAUUGAAUAUUUACCCGUGUUUUUUGCAUUUAUAUUUCGGUGAAAAUGGAUAUAUAGUCGGAUUUUGCCACAAAGCAAACAAAAAAGGCACCAGUGCCCCAAAAAUUUAAAACAUUCUACGAAAAUGAUUAUAACAAAAGUGGCCGCCAUGGCUCCCAAAGCUUCGGAAAGCGUCUUAUUAGGACAAGACCCCUUGUAUUUACAUCUUACAUUAACAUCAAUAUCUGAAACAUCUUAUAAAUUUAAUGACAACUUCAUCAACGGACAUGAACAAUAUGACAACCAUGGAAUCAUUAGCAUUGCCUCAGGAUCUGUAUUGGGAAGGCAAAAUGGAACCAAUUUCGCCUCCCAAUGGCGAGCUACUUCCCGUAUGUGAAGAUCUUAGUGAGAAUUGGCUCGCCCCUGAUGAACAUUUUGCAAACGACAUGGUCAUAUUUCCCUCUCAAAUUGACUUUGAAUUAAAACAUCAUGAUGUCGACUUGGUCGAAGCAUUGCCAGAUGAUGAAGAUUUAAUAAUGGAGUUUUACGAUUUAAAAGAAGAAAACUUUUAUUCGCCAACUCCUUUAUUGGAUAAUUCAAUCGAAAGCCCUGUCGUCAAUCCCAUUCAGGCGAUAAAGGUACAAACUCCAACCGAAGUACAUCACUUCAGUUUUGCCAAUCAUAAUGCUUCGGUUUUAACACAAUUAACGCCGCCAAGUUCGCCGCCUCAAACAGCAGCUUCGUCGCCAAUACCAACAUCGUCAUCGCCAACCAAUUUGGAUGCGGUGACAGCAGCCAAUCAAAUACCAAUAGACUUUCAGAUAAAUGAUGUUUUACAGCAAAAUCAUUUGAGUGGUUCCGAACCAACUUCACCAAUUCCGCAAACACAACAAUUUACCUUUGCUAACUGGAAUAACAGUUCGUCCAAUCACCAAGAAACUGCAACGACAGAUGCAAGCUCUGAGGAUGACAUUGAAUUCAAUACACAACUAAUUGAUGACAUUUUGAAAUCUGCUGCCGACAAAUAUUUUGAGGAUAGCGAAACACAAUCAUCAAUUUCAGCUCCAUCCCACUUAGAAUACACCGACGACGAAUGGCUACCAUCUUCAGGCAGUUGUUCGCCACUGCAACAACUGUCAGCUGAAAACUUCAGUGAGACAUCAAGCGGUGCAUCGUCACCAUUACCGGUCAAAAAAAGAACUCGCCCCUAUGGCCGUGGUGUUGAGGAUCGCAAGAUCAGGAAGAAAGAACAGAAUAAGAAUGCGGCUACUCGUUAUCGUCAAAAGAAGAAGUUGGAAAUGGAACAAAUUCUCAUGGAGGAACAAGAAUUGACAAAACGCCACGAGGAGCUCAAAAGUCAGUUGGCUGAGCGUAAACGCGAAGCUAAAUAUUUGAAAACGCUCAUUAAAGAAUUCUAUUUGAAUAAGAAAUUGUAAAUCCUCACACUUCUAUUGUUGCAGUACAGUCUCCUGGAAAUCAA